UUUGGAUUCUUGCGCUGUGCGGUUCGUUGCGGCUACUUUGUUGUCUCGUCGCCAAUUCGCUUUGUGGCUCUUACGUCGUGCACAUCGUUCAUCGGUCGUGUCGCGCGUCGCUUUCAAAUAUUUGUAGCCCACAACAACACAACAUAACACAAAACAAGCAGCAAAUGCAAAACGCAUAAAUUCCAAAUAAAUGUGCUACUUAAAUUUCUAAUAAUUAUAUAUGAAUUAAGUGUGUCUAAAGGCAAUUUGUCAAAUUAUUGCCAAUAUUCAAUUAAAAGUGUAUAAACAACAAGUUUUUCAAAUGGUUUUUUAAGUAAAUAACAAAUUCAAAACGAAUAUCGAAAAUCGAAAGGCAAAUACAAUUUUUGCAUGUGUCUAUGUGUGUGUGUGUCUAUAUGGCGCUAUCGAGUGCGUUUUUUAUAUAGAAAUUAAAUUUACUAGCGGCAUUUUUGCCUCCCCUUUCGCCCACCCUCACCCCGCCGUGCGUGUGAAGGAGAAGGCCGAAAAUUCGCCAAAAAAAAGAAUAGAAAAUCGCCGAAUAUUUCGUCUCACAAAAAUGUGGCGCGUGCACGUGUAAAAUAAAAUAGAAGUAAAAACACACACACAAAUAAAAACAAAACAAAAUGCACACAACAACAAAUUGCCAAAGCAUGUGCCGCAGUUAGCUGCAAAUCAAAUAAAAAAUAAAAAGAAAGAAAGAAGAGAAUUGCCAAAAAUACAAUAAACUUAUAUUUUCGUGUUGUAAUUGUGUAUGUGCGUGUGUAGCAGCAACAACAGCAACCACAACAACGCUCCACAAGGAUUAUUACACUAAUAAUAACACACACACAACAUCAAAAACAAAAACAGUAUUUUGUUUUAUUACAUCAGCAACAAAAACAACAACAAUAAACAUGCAUUGGAUUAAAUGUUUAUUAACCGCAUUUAUUUGCUCCACAGUCAUUGUGCAGGUUCACAGUUCCGGCAAUUUUGAAUUGCGCCUUAAAUACUUCAGCAAUGAGAAUGGACGCGACAAUGAGGGACAUUGUUGUAGUGGGCAAACGGAUGCGACGACGGGCAAGUGCAUUGGCACAUGCAAGACGCGGUUUCGCGUCUGUCUGAAACACUAUCAAGCGACCAUAGAUACAACAUCGCAGUGCACGUAUGGUGAUGUUGUGACGCCGAUACUUGGCGAGAACUCCUUCAAUUUGUCGGAUGCGCAAAGCUUUCAGAACAAGGGCUUUACGAAUCCCAUACAAUUCGCCUUCAACUUUGCCUGGCCGGGCACCUUUACGCUGAUCGUUGAGGCCUGGCAUGAUACGAACAACAGCGCUAAUGCGCGUUCCAACAAUCAGCUCAUCCAACGAAUGUCCGUGCAACAAGUUCUCGAGGUCUCAUCGGAGUGGAAGACGAACAAAUCCGAGUCGCUGCACACAUGGCUUGAAUAUGAUUUUCGUGUCACCUGCGAUCCGCAUUAUUAUGGCUCGGGUUGUGCCAAUCUCUGCCGUCCACGGGAUGAUCAAUUUGGACAUUACACAUGCUCCGAGACGGGUGAAAUUAUCUGUCAAACGGGCUGGCAGGGCACGUACUGCGAGAAACCCAAAUGCACCAAAGGCUGUGUACAUGGACAAUGCGAUAAGCCCAAUGAAUGCCACUGCCAACAGGGCUGGAGAGGACCACUGUGCGAUGAGUGCGCCCUGUAUCCGAGCUGUGUGCACGGCACUUGCAUCAAGCCCUGGGACUGCAUCUGCAACGAGGGCUGGGGCGGACUCUUCUGCAACCAGGAUCUGCAGUACUGCACCAACCAUCGUCCCUGCCUCAAUGGCGGCACCUGCUUCAACAACGGCCAGGCUCUCUACACCUGUCAAUGUGCACCCGGUUACACUGGCAACGAAUGCCAGACAGAGAUCAGCUCCUGCGAUGCGGAUGUGAAUCCCUGCCAGAAUGGCGGCACCUGUGUGGACGAGGCGACGCAGCGGGGCUACAAGUGUGUCUGUCCCCAGGGCUGGAACGGACGCAUGUGCGAGGAGAAGGUGCUCACCUGUGCGGACAAGCCGUGCCACCAGGGCAAGUGCCACAAUACGAGCAGCAGCAGCAACAACAACAAUAAGCAGGGGUUUCAAUGCGAUUGCCCCAGUGGAUACAGCGGACUCACCUGUGAACUGCAUCUGGACAACUGCAAUCCGAAUCCCUGCCAGAACGGAGGCAGCUGUCAGCCGAGUGGCAAGUGCGUCUGCCCCAAGGGAUUCGCGGGCGGAAAGUGCGAGCAGGACAUUGACGACUGUGCGGGACACAAGUGUCAGAAUGGCGGCACCUGCAUCGACAUGCUGAACCAGUAUCGUUGCCAGUGUGUGCCCGGAUUCCAUGGACCACGUUGCAGCAGUCGCGUCGAUCUCUGCCUCACGAAGCCGUGUGCCAACGGCGGCAGUUGCACCAAUCUCAACAACGACUAUCAGUGCGCCUGUCGGGCGGGCUUCACCGGCAAGGAUUGCUCCAUCGACAUCGACGAGUGCGUCAGCCGGCCGUGCCACAACGGCGGCACCUGCAUGAACCGCGUCAACAGCUUCGAGUGCGUGUGUGCCAACGGCUUCCGUGGCCGGCAGUGCGAUGAGGAAUCCUACGACUCGGUGACCUACGAUGCCCAUCAGUACGGUGCCACUACUCAGGCCCGUGCCGACGGACUGACCAAUGCCCAGGUCGUGCUCAUCGCCAUCUUCUCGGUGGCCAUGCCCCUGGUGGCCGUGAUCGCCGCCUGCGUCGUCUUCUGCAUGAAGCGCAAGCGGAAGCGCGCCCAGGAAAAGGACGACGCCGAGGCGCGCAAGCAGAACGAACAGAACGCGGUGGCCACAAUGCAUCACAACGGCAGCGGCGUGGGCGGGGGCGUCGGAGUGGGCGUGGGCAUGGGCAUGGGCUGUCCACCGGGCUCACUGGGCGUCAAGCGGGGCAGCAGCGGUGGUUUGACCUUUGACAACAGCAAUCCCAACAUCAUCAAGAACACGUGGGACAAGUCGGUCAACAACAUCUGCGCCUCGGCAGCCGCUGCAGCUGCUGCCGCCGCAGCCGAUGAGUGCCGCAUGUAUUCGGGCGCCUUGGCCAAUUAUGCCGCUGCCGCGGACAACAAUGCCAACUCGGAGUUUUGCGGCGUUGGCCAAAUUGCGCCCUUGCAGCGGGCCAAGUCGCAGAAGCAACUCAACACUGAUCCCACGCUAAUGCAUCGUGCCUCGCAGUUGCUAUCAGCGGGCGCAGCAGCAGCGGCAGCAGCAGCGAACGCUGGCGUUGCGUCGUCAGCGGCGUCGACAGCGGGCGUCGGCUCAACCAAAGACUAUAGCGGAUCGGGCGCGGUAACGGGCGCCAGCGAGGGCAAGGGGGGUAAGAGGAUCUCAGUGCUCGGAGGAUCGUACUGCAGCCAACGUUGGCCAUCCCUGGCCGCGGCAGGAGUGGCAGGCGCCUGCUCCUCACAGCUGAUGGCCGCUGCCUCCGCGACGGGCAGCGGUGCGGCGACGACGCAGCGCACAGUGGUCUGCGGUACGCCGCACAUGUAAACAAAGACUGCAGCAAGCUAGAAGGAGAGAAAGAGAGAGAGGGAGAGACGCCAAAUGAGCCACAUUUAAUUGUGGCUUUGUUGUUGAUUGAAGCAGUGCAGUCGUCAUUAUUGUAACAAGCUUAACUCUACACUCACACACACACUCAAACAUUUAUUUAAUCAAUUUUUAUUAAAAUUUGUAUUUUGUAAUUAUUAACUUAACAUUUUAGUUUUCGCAUGGACUGACGUAAGCAUAAAGUUCUCAAAUUGUAUUUAAACUACGCACAUUUAUAAAAGUAACACAAGAAAUGCAAUUAAAAUUGUUUGAAUUGUAUCCAAAAAUAUGAAAAACUCUCCACACUUGACCAUAAUAACGGCGCUUGGCUGCGGCUUGUAAACUUGGCCAAUAACCAAAUAAACCAAUAAACAGACAAAGCGCCAGCGCAGCCACCACAAAAAAUUUAAUACUUAAUAAAUUCUCUACACUGGACGAUAAACUCUACACUGACGUUUUGCAUGUUACUGAAAAAUCUGCUUCAAUUAUUAUUAUUAUUAUUAUUUUUCAUUUAGUUGCGAUAAAUUGUAAAUAAUACUUAACGCAAGAAAAAGAACUCUACACUUAAAUAGCAACUAAUUUAAGCAUUAAUUAAAUUUACAAAUUAAAUGAACAAUUGCAGAAAAUUCCUCAUUGACGCGCAAGCAUUUUGUAUAUAGUAAUUAUAGAUAAAUCGGAUAUACGAAAAACACAAAAAUACUAAAAAC